AUGAGCUCUUUGGCAUUUCUAGUCACUGAACUUCAGUCACUGUCCAGCGAAACACGGCGGAAGCAUCCGGAAAUUCGCGAGGCCGCUGAAAAGUCUUUGACUAUCCUUAGAGCUUCACCAGAGCAGGCAAAUAUUAAUCUUACCACAGAUGGACCACAAUCUUUCGAUCUCCUCAAACCAGUAUUCAUGGGAUGCGCUACCAAGUCUCCGAAAGUCGUUGCGAUAUCUCUUGGUUCUCUUCAACGUCUCAUAUCCCUCAAAGCCGUUCCGAAAUCCACUGUGCCGGAAAUUAUCCGUAUAAUGGGCGAUGCAAUGAACCAGGGUGUAGAUAUCCAGCUCAAGAUAUUACAAACAUUACUCGGGUUGAUAACAAAUUACUUGGAAGUGCACGAUACGUUGUUGGGCAAUGCUUUACUUUUGUGUUUCAAGUUACAAGAAUCACGAAUUGCAGUCGUAUCUAGUACGGCCGCUGCAACUCUUCGGCAGCUCGUCAUGGUUGUGAUGGACAAAAUGGUCGAUGAGGAUCACAAGAACACAGACGCAGAAAUUGGAGAGGCGGAUAAUAGGCUCGCAGAAAUGACAUUACCAGAUGGCACCACCACUCCCCUCAGUCCUUCCGCAAAAGACGCGUAUUCCGUAUUCGAGGAUCUAUGUCUCUUGGCCAAUUCGGAAAAGCCGAAUUUCCUCAAGCUUGAAUCUCUCCAUAAGACGUUCGCACUGGAGUUAAUUGAGAGUGUUCUGACGAAUUAUCAUGCAUUGUUUCGAAAACACCCUUCCCUGAUUCUCCUUUUACAACAUCAUCUCUGUCCCCUUCUCCUCAAGGCGCUCUCAGACCGACCGACAUUCCCUCUCAUUUUGCGAUGCACCCGCGUCGUGUUCCUCCUGCUGAAGCAAUUUUCCCUCGAAUUGCAGACGGAAGCUGAGGUGUUCUUGAUGCUCCUUAUCCGUAUUAUUACGGACGAUAAUUCGGUGUCGUUGGAUACAAGCGGAAGCGGAAGUAGCAUCGCAUCGAAUGAAUCGUAUGGUCAUAAUCACGGGUCAAGACCUCAGUGGAUGAGGGUGCUUGCAAUGGAGAUUAUGCGAGGUUUGUGCAGCGAUGCGGAACUCAUGCGUAGUGUAUGGGAUCGUUACGAUGCACAGGAACAUGGCUCAAAUGCUCUCAGCACCCUUAUCACUGCGCUCAAACGACUUGUCACAGAAAAGCCCGCUCUGCUCGGGGUAGGGUCGCAGAUGUUCGGUGUGGGUGUCAGCAGUAAUAAUGAUAGCCACUACGCAUUAUCACCCAGUGGUUCUGCUUAUUCGUUGGAUGGAGUAGCUGGGAUGGUUGCCACUGCGGCUAGCGCCACGGUAUCGAAUGUAGUUGGAAUGAUGGGCUCGAACGCUGGACUAAGCUUGCAGGGUUCAACUAUGAAACUGCAGUGUAUUGACCAACUGGACAAGGCCGACUCUCCUCCAAUUCCUGAAUCAUACGUCUAUCUCCUCGCCGUGCAAUGUCUCGUCUCUCUUUGUGAAGGCUUUGCAACAUUCGCCGCACCCCUCUACAACACCAUAAUCAUCCAAAAACCUCGCGCAGCAGGCGAGGCUCCUAUCCGCGCACCACCAGCCUUGGACUUUACCAGCCUUUCUUCGGACGAUCCAUUAACAAAACAACUCCAAAUCGUACGGGAUAUCAUCGAAAGCAAUUGGCCUGCUCUACUCGCUGCGCUUUCCUUCGUCAUCGCAACGAAUCUUUCUGAUGAAAUUUUUGUUGAUAUCCUGGCAAGUUAUCAAGCCAUGACCAAUGUCUCUGGGAUGUUGGGUCUUACUACACCAAGAGACGCCUUCUUCACGAGCUUGGCGAAGUUCUCUGUUCCCACACGGGUCGUGUCGAGUCUUGAUUCGUAUACAGACCCGCAGACUCCUCGCUCUGCAACGACCUCUUUUUCCGAAAAUCUUGGUCUAAGUCUAAGUGGGAGCACCGGGUCUACAUCCCCUGGUCUUUCUGAACGUAAUCUUGCGUGCCUCAAAGUUCUAAUAUCGAGUUCAAUGUUCCUUGCUGGAAGCCUCGGCGAGAGUUGGUUCGGGAUUCUGGAGGUGCUACAGAAUGCUGAUUAUGUUUUGACAAGCAAAGGCAUUGCAUAUGGGGCCCAGACACCAGGGAGUAAAGGUGGUGCAUUUUCUCCUGGGAGAGGCGGUCAUACCACUCCAAGUCGGUCUGUGUCCAUGGCGUUGUCUUCAUCAGGAUCUGGACUUGGACUUUCCUCGGCUGCAGUCUCAUCCUCUCAGCAACCUUCCCCACGUCAUCCGCUCCUCAGUGACCUGGACCCGGAAAUGAUGUUAACUGCAAUACAGCGCCUGUUUGAUGCGUCAAAGAAUCUGGAGGACGGGGCGUUCAAGUUUUUCACUGAUGCCCUGUGUAAAUUGAGUGCAGAGAUGAUUGGGAUGCAAACAGGAACCGCGGAUGGGUUGGGUUUGGAAGUCAUUGCGGAAACUGGAAGUGUGGAGGAACUCAGUAGUCUUGAUGGAGUUGUACUUUCUCCGCCUGCGCCAUCGAUUGCAGACACUCCACAUCGCCGAAGAGUUAGCGGUAUCCACCUUCCAAGAACAUUGCGGUCAGGCGACUUCGGGAUCAAUAAACUCGGUGGUGUUAUUUCUCAAAACAUCCAUCGCUUGGUAUACCGGCCUCCAGAAGUUGCAUGGACCACCAUUACAACACAUCUCCUUUCCGUUAUUCGUCUUCCCACUGCUCCUCCACCAAUACGCAUUCAGGCCGCGAGGGUCCUUGAUGAUAUUCUCAUUACGGUCCCUCGCAACUUGGGUACCGCGGGAGAAUUGCAAGCGCAAGUUCAGCAACGCGUCUUGGAAGUACUCUCCUACCAGGUCAUACCGGACUACACCUCCCUACCUGGUGCUGCUACGGCGAACGUUGGUACUACCGUAGAGUUGAGGCGGAUGGGUCUAGAGACUUUGCAUGAAAUUUUGCAAGUCUCGGGACAUACACUGAUUGUUGGUUGGGAGACAAUAUUCUCCAUGCUUGAAAGUGUGUGUAGACCUCCGCCACCCACAAAAUCAGGCUCCGUGGACUCAACCAUAGCAAGCCCUACUGCUUCACCCCCUCGUGCUAAACCGAUUCUGCUUGGCCUUGGUGUACCUUCCGAAAAGAACUACACCACACUAAUCAAGAUUGCCUUUCAGUCUCUCAAUUUGGUUUGUGACUCUGUUUCCGAACUCUCGCCCGAACAUCUUCGUCUCUGCAUUAGCACAUUAGGACAAUUCGGGCGGCAAGCCAAUACCAACAUUGCUCUCACUGCUGCCGCGAGUCUUCUAUGGAGCGUUUCUGAUGCGAUUCAGGCGAAACGAAAAGAUGCUGAGAAGGAACCGGAGUACAGUGCUCUGUGGAUGUUUCUGCUAUUAGAGGUCCUUGGUCUGUGCUCAGAUGAUCGCCCGGAGGUCAGAGAUGGUGCAAUACAAACUCUGUUUCGGACCAUGCAGCUAUAUGGCGCAAGCCUUAGUCUCCAAACAUGGGAUGAGUGUAUAUGGAAAGUCACAUUCCCGCUCGUGGAAUCCUUAUCGACGGAGAUCCAUCGUCGUUCGGCGCUUGUUGAACCCUUCGAUGGCGCCGGUGCCGGAGAACAAGCGUGGGAUGAAUCCAAAAUUCUUGCCUUCAAUUCAAUUGGCUCCAUCUUCCACGAUUUCCUUUCCUCAAAACUCGUACAUCUCGAAUCAUUUCAUUCGGCAUGGGAUACCUUUGUGACGCGCAUUCAAGAUUCCGUUCUUCUCGACAAUCGAUCCAUAAGCACGCCUGCACUGAGGUGCUUGGAGAAGGCUGUCAAGGCAUCCUCAGCAUCCAUUUUUGACGUGAGACAGAAGGUGGUGGAGAUGAAGGAACGAAUUUGGAUUGCAAUUGAUGCAGUUGGGAGUGCAAUCUUACGUCGUCGGAAUGGAGCACAGUCCCCCUCGCUUGACUCGGCAAUACUACCGAAACCAUUCACGCAAGAAUGCCUGGUCGCUUUUGUUGAUGUGAUACAGUCUACUCGGGACCUCAGUCGUGCGUUGGAAGGUGCUGAAUGGCCUUUAGAGAGGAUAACCCGGUUGAUGGUCAUUUUAAAAGGAGUGUUGACUUACCCGAAUUCCCCUGAUUAUCGACCUGACAUUGACGCACUUCCUCCUGUUCAGACUGUCGUGAUGACCACAAUCGGCGGAAUCGAUCUGUCUGGCUCUGGCAUACCAUCCCUCGUUCUCAGAGACUUGUCAGAAUUUGCUACGCUCCCUUUUCUUGCCGCAUUCGACAUUCCUCCAGACCCCAAGAGUUCCACUCCCUCCAAACGCAUAACAUAUAUAGCCCUUGCAAAGAAAACCAUGCCCAAACUUGUUGAACUGUGUCUUCAAUUCAAGGAUAGAUUAGAGCUGUACUCUGAGGGGACUAUAGAAGCUGUCUUAUCUGCGUAUUCCAUCCCAGUGAAACUCAAAUAUGACUGCCCUUCGCCUUCAAAACAUGGCAAGGACCCUCCACUAUGGAAGACAGCCACAACUUGUUUCUUGCGCAUCGUCAAGGAAUGUGCUCCUCAGGUCAUUGCUUUCGAUGAAGAGAUAUCCGACGAGCGACUUGAAGGCAUCUGGCGGCAGAUCAUAGAUGUCUUUCGUGGCGGAAUCCUCGCAGAUUGUUCCACUGCCGAGAGCUUUCCAUUGGACAUUCAGGAAGAGGAAGAGAACUUUGACCUUUCUCUCGUCGCUUCCCUCGAAAUCGACGUCGUUCCACAUCUUAGAGGUAGCCGGAUCCCUGACUCCGUUUUCACUCAGCUUGCCAAAGUGCUAGCGCUAGGCAGUGGGCUGUAUGAUUCUUCCUUGUCCUCAAGUCCUUCUGAGAGCGAGUUUGGGAGAAAUGAAUACGUCCACGUCGGUGCAGAUCAGCAUUAUCCACAUGGAAGUACUGACCCCGGACAUUCUUUACCCCGCGAACGGUUCUCGUACUGGUGCUUUGAUUUGUUGUUCUUGAUAUGCUCAGACACUACGAGAGAACAAGAGCAUGCUCGAAAACGUCUAGCCGCCCUAAGUUUACCAGCACUACUCAAACGUUGUCGAACGACGAUGGUUCAAUACGUUGCGGACGAGGCGCUAAGGGGUAAUUUACCCUUACCAAGGGCCCGCGAAGACGAGCUUCUCUACGUCCUCCGCAAACUGCGAGAAUUGCGAUUAUGGCCUGGAUCGUUAUGGGCUGCGCUGUCCGAUGAUCCAACGAAGUACUCCUCAGAGCAGCCUCCCUUGAGUCCAUCGGCUGAUUCCAAAAACACAAUGCCUUCAUCACUGACAUCCAAAACACUGAUCUUGGAUGCAGUCAAUCGUUCUUCGGUCGGGCAUCUGUUCAAAUUCUACACUUUACUUUGCGAGAUAGCCUCAGUGCCUAGACGUACACCAGAAGCAUGGGUUCACAUUAGGCCUGCGUCUGCAUCCAUUGCGUCGCGGUAUUCUGAAGAACAGGAUCCCAAAGUCGAAGGUCGCAUAGAUCACCAGCUCGAACAUCUGGAUGCACGCACGCUCGCUAAGGAAUGCUUAAAGAUUAUUGGGAGUGAGAUGGGUGUAUCAUAA